CAAUUGUCGGUACUGGUACUGGUUUGACUUUGAUAUCGGUGUCCUACAAAUAAUCAUAUCUUCCCUCGUUGUCAACAUGUGGUAUUAUUAUUUGGCCGCCGGACUAUUCACCUUCUGGUGGUUUGCUCUUCGACCUCGCGGGGGAGGAAAAGAUUCUCCUCCGUUGGUCACAGCGUCCACCGUCGUUCGAAUUCCACUCGUCGGCGUAAUUGCCGAGUUUCUGAGUAAUCCGAAUGAAAUGAUGAAGCGGUGCUACAAGGAUUACGGUGAAGUAUUUACGGUUCCGGUGAGUUGACCCUCUAAAUGGAAAUAAGAUCUCUGAUUUACUUAUUGGAACGUAUAUUUCAAAUGUUCUUCGAAGUUUUGGGAAUGGGCCCAAAAGAAGUUCGGAUUCCGACAUCGCCGGAGUCAGUCGAAUGAAAAUUGCAACUAGUCAUAUGAAAUCCAUUUCUCAACGAUGAUGGAUGCAGAUUGGAGCGCAGUUGUGUUGGUUACGCGGCGUGAUUUUCUGACGAAUUGUGAGAACAUUGCUACAUUCUAGCAACUACUCACUACUUCCUUCGCUUGACCUAGGUGGAAUAAUUAUGAUCGUUGGUUGGUCGACCGGGUGAUCUUUCUUAAAGGCUCUCACACCACAUUUAUAUUCCAGUCAUGUCUCACCUUGACAAUUCAAACUUCUGUUCUCUGUUGUUCCCCAUGAAAGAUUUUCCACAAACGCAUUACUUUCUUGAUUGGACCCGAGGCGCAAGAACUCUUUUUUAAAUCUGGGGACGACGUUCUCAGCCAGGACGAAUGCUAUCAUUUUAUGCAGGCCGUCUUCGGCCCCGGUGUCGUGUACGAUGCGACACGAAAGAAACGUCAAAUGCAAUUCCAGACCAUGGCGAAUGGGCUCCGAACAUCGCGCAUGAAAACUUACAUCCCUAAGAUUCAAGAAGAGACUGAGAAGUACCUGAACGAAAAAAUGGGUGACGAAUCUGGAACCGUAGAUCUGUAUCAGGCUCUGAGCGAGCUCACCAUUCUUACUGCCUCCCGUUGUUUGCACGGAGACGAUGUCCGGGAGCACAUGUUUGCGGAUCUCCAAAACUUGUACCACGAUUUGGACGAGGGUUUGACUCCCUUGACCGUCUUGUGGAGUCAUGCUCCAACGGCUCGGCACAAGAAGCGAGACGCGGCCCGCGAGGAGCUUGUGAAACUAUUCGGUAAAGUCAUCAAGGAACGCAGGGAAAAUCCAGAACGAUCCGAUGGAACUGAUAUCUUGAGUUUAUUCAUGGAUAUGAAAUAUAAGGAUGGAACCCUUGUCACUGAGACAGAAGUUACUGGUUUGUUGAUUGCGUUGUUGUUUGCGGGACAGCACACGUCUUGCGUCACUAGUACCUGGACGAUGCUGUUGCUUCUCCACAACCCCAAGGUUUUGGAGCGUGUAAUGGAAGAGCAAGACCAAUUUUCGAGCAAAGAGGUUCUUGAGCUCGACGAUGUCCAACAAAUGAGUCUUUUGCACAACUGUAUGCGCGAAGCACUCCGCAUGUGCCMCACUUUUAUCAUGUUGUUGCGCCAAGUGAUGAAGGACACUUCUGUCACCGUGAACGGAAAGACCCAUCGCAUUCCUAAGGAUGACAUUGUAGCUGUUUCGCCGACGGUAUCGAUGAGACUCGACUCGACCUUCAAGGAUGCCAACACAUUUGAUCCCGAUCGGUAUCUUCCACCCCGGGAGGAACACAAAACUCCGUAUGCCUAUUUGGGAUUUGGUGGUGGUAUGCAUUCGUGCAUGGGGCAGGUCUUCGCAUAUGUCCAAGUCAAGACAAUCCUCUCUAUCAUUUUGAAACGUUAUGAAUUGACUCCUGAAGCCAACAAAUUGCCCGAUAUCGGUUACAACGAUAUGGUUGUAGGUCCCAAGGGCAACUGCAACGUGCACUACAAGAAGAAGGCAUCACUAUAAAUUGAGUCACCCGCUAGCGAACACUGACGGAAAAAAAAUCCAACACGAUGUCAGAUUCAUAGAAAGAUAUCAAAAUAGGAAGAAAUGGUCAUUUUACAGUUUUCUUGCUGCGUGCACUUUCAGAAAUCCAACAACCUUGUUACAGGAAGUCCAAUUGUCUUUGGUCUUUUACGUACAAACAUAUUAAUCAUUUUCCUGGACCCUGUAUGAUUCGUCAUCGAACGAGUAAGCACACUCGACUGAUGUGAAAUACGGAGCUAUUUUCGAUAGUUAUCGUACUAGUACUACCAUACCCAUUAGGUGAGAUUAAGAAACUAGAGCAUUUCAA